AUGGUGAUAAUGAAGAAGAAGAGAAAGAAAACAAAAGAAGAAGAAGAAGAAGGAGAAGGAGAAUUUAUAGACAGAGACAGCCCACCUGCCUGA